GAUGAAAAAGCAUAAUUUUAUUAGGUUGAUGUGUUAUGUACAUUUUUAUGUAUUUCAAAUUUAGGCUACAUCUUUUCAUAGCGUCUUGAAUAUUUUCGAUUUGUAUGGAAUCUAAGAACUAAAUAUAACAACAACAAAAACUAUAAAAAUACUCUAUAAGUAAAAUAAUGAUUUAUUUGAAAUUGCUUGUUUGAGAAAUUUUAUUUUGAUACGAUAAUUAUUUUUUAACAAAUUUACUUUUGUUAAAUAAAUCAAAUAUUUAUCGUGUACAUUUGUUGUGACUAAAAUGCCUGUGGCAAUGAAUCGAAGACGUGUUAGUAAUUUUACUUAUGUCAGUCCCUGUGUGAAAUAUAUGAUUUUUCUACUAAACUUUUUAUUCUGGUUAUUUGGUGGUUUAUUGGUGGCUGCUGGUACUUUUGCGUUUUAUGAAAAAUGGAACACCAUGGGUUCCAUCAAGUUGAACACAUUCUCAGAUGUUAUACUAAAUAUUUCAUUGGUCUUGAUCAUAGCUGGACAAAUUAUAUUCAUUGUUAGCUUUGCUGGAUGUAUAGGUGCCCUACGCGAAAAUACUACAUUACUUAAAUUUUUGUCUUUCAAAAAUAUUGCUGCUCAGAUUGCAAAUAUUUAUGGCAUUGAUCAAAAAUUAUUACCAAAAUUAAACUGUAGUUCAAAAAAGUCAUCCUGUUCCAUUAAAGAUGAGAUUAUUUUUAAACAACUUGGUUGUUAUGAUUAUUUACUUAAUUUACAAACCAAGACUUCAUUAUUCACUAAUGAUAUAAAUCCAAUAAAUGAUAAUCAAUUUCAAUUUUAUAAACAAUUUGUUUUUGUUAAUAGAGACCAAAUACUAAACUUAAUGUAUAGCACAAUAGAACAGGCAAAUAAUAGUGCUUGGAGGUUGCAUAGACAAACUAGACUCUCAGCCAGUUCUAAAGCUCAUCAGAUAAAUACAAGACGUAAUCGAAAUGAAGAAUUAGCUGAACGAUUUGUUAAAGAUAAAAAAAUUAUAGGAAAUGGAUUAAAAUAUGUAGAAUAUGGAAUGAGAAUGGAAGAUUUUGCUAUUAAAAAGUAUUCAGAUAUAUAUAAUGUUCAUGUUAUAAAAUGUGGCUUGGUUAUACAUCAAAAACAACCUUGGAUAUGUGCAAGCCCAGAUGGCUUAGUUGUCAGUAAAAAUAAAAUAAAAAAGUUAUUAGAAAUAAAGUGCCCAUAUACUUGUAAAGAUACUUUGUUGAUUAAAGAAGAUGAUGGACAUUUAAGAGUUCCAUACUUGCAAUAUAAUGAUAAGAAAACUAUUAUUCUUUUAAAAAAAAAUCAUAAUUAUUUUUCACAAUGUCAAAUUCAAAUGUAUUGUACUGGAUUAGAUGAAUGUGAUUUAUUUAUUUGUACUAAACAAGACUGCAUAACUAUUUCUGUUAAAAGAGACAAUAUAUUUCUUGAAAAACUAGUCAAGAAAAUGGAACAUUUUUAUUUUAACUACUACUUACCCGAAUUAACAAAAGUCAAUUCAUAAUUUUAAAUUUUUAACGAAUAAACCCAUUUAAAUUUUAAU